CUCUUUCGUUUUCGUUCGUACUAUAAAUCAAAGGUAUUUGGCCGCCAAACUAGGGUUUUCGCCGGCGGCGAGAGAGGAAGGCUUCUUCGAGGAGAUGCUGCGGCGGAAUAUCAGGAAGAGAAGGGAGUAUCUAUACCGGAAGAGCCUCGAAGGCAAGGAGCGCGAGUACUAUGAGAAGAAGCGCAAAAUCCGGGAAGCGCUCGCGGAGGGCAAGCCCAUCCCCACUGAGCUCCGCAAUGAGGAGGCUUCCCUCCGCCAGGAGAUCGAUCUUGAGGACGACCACACCGCCGAGCCGAGAAGUGUGAUUGAUGAUGAGUAUGCUGAUGCCACUGUGAGGGAUCCGAAGAUUUUGCUCACCACCUCUCGCAAUCCAAGUGCUCCUCUUGUCCAGUUUGUCAAGGAGCUGAAAUUUGUGUUCCCGAACUCUACACGGAUUAAUCGUGGUGGACAGGUCAUCUCAGAGAUUAUUGAAACUUGUCGCUCACAUGAAUUUACAGAUGUUAUCUUGGUACAUGAACAUCGUGGCAAACCAGAUGGUUUGGUUAUUUCUCACCUGCCAUUCGGUCCAACAGCAUAUUUUGGAUUGCUCAACGUGGUGACAAGACAUGACAUUAAAGACAAGAAGUCCAUGGGAACAAUGCCUGAGGUUUAUCCUCAUUUGAUUCUUGAAAACUUCUCUAGUAAGCUUGGUGAAAGGACAGGCAACAUUCUUAAACAUUUAUUCCCGGUGCCAAAGCCUGAUUCCAAACGCAUCAUCACUUUCGCAAACCAGUCCGACUACAUCUCAUUUAGGCAUCAUUUAUGUGAGAAACGUGGCGGUGGCCCGAAAUCUGUAGAAAUAACAGAGAUUGGCCCUCGAUUUGAGAUGCGGCUCUAUAAGAUAACACUAGGAACUGUUGAGCGAAGUGAAAGCCCAGAUUGAGUGGGUAUUGAGACCUUACAUGAACACAACCAGCAAAAGAAUUGCCCUUUGAAGUCAGUGGCAUAUUUACCCCGGCCAAGUGACAAAUAUAUUAUAUUUACGAUAUGUAUGUUGGGUUUAUAUAUUUGCUGAGGAUCUGGUAUUAUCAUUUUUGAAGUGAGAUUUAUACCAUUGUUCUGCAUUAUAAUCAUGGAAUAGUGGUUGGUUCUUGGCUCUGAAAUUUUGAAUCUACUUGAUGAUAUCCAAGUCAUUGUAUGGGACUAUUGAGUUAAGCCACUUUUGUGGAUAUGAAAUUUGGUAAAUUUGUGUUUGGUUGGGCAUUAA